AUGUCGAACGUUCACGUUGGCCAGGUUUACGAGGCUGUGAUUCAGGGAGUCAUCGACGCUGUGCGCGUUGAUUUCGAGGAGAAUGGUGUUGAGGAUGGCGUGCUCGAGGACCUGAAGAAGAAAUGGCAAAUGAAGCUCUCGCAGCUCAACGUGGCCCAGUUUCCCUGGGACCCGAAGCCAGAGCAACCCGCUCCUCCAGCUCAACCAGCCGCUCCCCCGGCUCCAGCGCCGCAAGCCGCUCCCCCACCGCAGGCGGCUUAUACCCAGUCUACGUUGAGCCCUCAGACUUCAGCUCAACCUCUCUCGCUGCCAAAUAUCAACCAGCCUCAUUCCAACGGGGUGCCCGUCAAGCAGGAGCCAGGGUUGGUCAGGUCUGAGCCGGUCGCUAUCAAGCAGGAACCCGGCGCUGGCUCUCAGCCCGUGCAUCCUGGUUAUCACAAUGCCUCCCACCCUAGCCUGCCUACUGUCAACCCCAGCAUAGCCGCUACCCGGGCUGUGCAGGCUUUGCAGAACAAGUACGGCGAGGGAGCUGCUGCCUCCAUUGCCUCCAUGUCCAACGGUAAUGGUAAGGUCGGACAAGGGAACGUUGGCCAAGCCCAACAGCAGCAACAGCAGGUCCAGCAACAACAUGCUCAACACCAGCAACAUUCUCAACACCAGCAACACCCUCAGCAGCAGCAGUAUCAGCAACACCCACAGCAUCCUCAACAACAACGUCCCCAACACCCUCAGCAGAUUCAACAACAGCACAUGCAACGGCCACAGCAGGGUGGACCUCAGCAGCUGACCCCCGAGCAGGUGUAUCAACGACAGAUGCAGCAACAGUUGCAGCAACGCAUGCAGCUACAGGCUCAACAGGCUCAGCAGCAGCGUGGGAUUGCCCCUAACAACUUGCCUAAUGCCCAGACUGAUGGCCCUAGCGAUGACUGCUGGGAGGCUGUCAUGAUGCGCCGCAACGCCGAAGGCCAGGCUGUCGAGAUGGGCCGCGUGGAGAUUGAUGAUCAUCUUCACGCCCAGAUCGCCGCCCGAGCCAAGCAGAUGGAGGGCGGCGGCCUGAUGCUUCCUCUGAAGCAGGCCACCAAGGUCCGCAGCCUUGACAAUAGACGGAACCGCGCUGCUGGGGGUCCCUCCCAGGUUGAUGGUGGUGAGGAUGACAUGAAGGAUGAGGAUUUGGAUGAUGAUGCGAUCAACUCUGACUUGGACGACUCCGACGACAACAAGGAGGACGAUGAUGAGGAUGAUGACAUGGGGCAUAUGAUGCUCUGCAUGUAUGACAAGGUGCAGAGGGUGAAGAAUAAGUGGAAGUGCACACUCAAGGAUGGCGUCCUGACUGUGAACGGCAAGGAGUAUGUCUUCCACAAGGCUACGGGGGAGUACGAGUGGUAAUUUCUUCUUUCGGCGGGGACAUCAACACCAUCCAUGCCUCCUUUUCUCGCUUUGCUCUGCGGGUAAUCUUUUCUUUAUCACGGGAAUAUUGUAUACAUUUUUUUUUUCGUUAUGGCGACUUUGUCUCUGCCCUGGGACUGGGGUUUUGGUCAUUUCAUGGUUGUGGUCUUUUCCCUUCUAUCUCAUCAGAGGGGGGAUGUCUUUUUUUUUUUUAAUAAAAAAAAACAUUUUAUCACUGUUUCUCUUUGGGCGUCGGUUAGGGGGGCAAGAAACAGAAACGGGGGAAAUUACAGAGAUUGGCAGCGACGAAUAAGGCAAGAGCAAGAGAGAAAGAAGGAGGCGAAAAUACAUUCGAUGAAUUUCGGAGGGAAGGGAUGAGAAGUAUGGGGAAGGAUGAGGUUUUUUUUUUAAUUUUGUAUGAUAUGGCUAUCAAAGAACCAAACAGAGGCUAUGAAAGCAGAACAGUCCUCUUUCCCUUGUUUUGCCUUUUUGGCCAGAUGCUCAAGCUAGUGAAUCCCAGGUUUUGAGUUUACUGCCAUUUUCAUGUUAUAUGGUGAGGAUGCUCUUUCUUUGUCGUC